AUGGCCACCUACACUCGCGACCAAAUCUCUCACUAUCUCCAGCACAUUGGGUACACGCAAGAUGUGAAUCAACAUUUUGCCGAGGACCCCCUGGGCUUACUCACCAGAAUCCAAAUUCUACAUAUGGCCCGCGUUCCAUUUGAAAGCCUCUCAUUGCACUACUCAAAAUAUCGAACUCUUUCAUUGAAUCCAGAGGAUUUAUUCGUCAAGAUUGUGAACCGGGGACGGGGCGGCUACUGUAUGGAAGUCAACGCUUUCUUCGCCGCCGUCCUGCGAAGUCUGGGAUUCACGCUUUUCAGCACUGGUGGAAGGGUUAGAGGAGAUGCAGGAUAUAAAGGAUGGGAUCACAUGGUCAACAUCGUCACGAUUGACAACCAGCGAUAUCUUGUCGAUGUUGGCUUUGGCACAAACGGCGCUACACGACCAGUUCCUCUUCAACAUGAACACCGAUUUUUGACUGUUUUCCCAACGGAAGGAAUGCUCGAGUAUCGUGGCAUCGAUGCCAACACAGAUCCAAACCAGAAAGUCUGGGUGUAUUGUGUCCGGCAAAAGGAAGACGACCCGUGGGGCGAGAUGUACUGCUUCGGCGAACUCGAGUUUAUUCCAGGCGACUUUGAGGUCAUGAAUAUGCGUACAUCUUCAGCUCCGCAAAGCUUCUUUGUGCAGAGUGUCAUGUGCAUGAAAACCCGUUUGGACGAGGGGAAACAAGACCCCGUUGGCAAAGUGAUUCUGCACAGAGAUUACAUCAAGCAGCAGAAUGGGAAUGAGGCCCCAAUUACGACAAGAUUGCUGAGCGAGGCGGACAGAGUUGAGGCGUUGAAGAGAUACUUUGACAUUUCUCUCACUUUAGAGGAGCAGCAAGGCAUUAAGGGGCUGGCGAGUGAGCUCAAGGACAGGUCCAAGCAUGCAUGA